UCCAGUAAUAUGCCAAGUGCUCACAGGUGACUGUGAAGCCAGACCCAAGGCUUGAAGGACACGUGAGGGGAGCUGUGUUCUCAUCUGACCCUCUGCUACAUUGUUCUACCACAUUGCCGAUCACUGAUUCACUUGAAGAAAACAUAUCAGGUUAUCAUCCUGGUUCCUAAUUGUCCUCUGUUUGACAUGUGAUAAGUGAAGAAGCUUGCUUUAGUUGUCUCGUGUUUGCUGUCACCAUGUUGUUACUCAGCAAAAGUGCCAACUGCCAAGUCGGAGGUUUUGCUUUGGCAUCCAUAGCAUGGGUUCUCUGCAGCAUCUCCACAGGUCUUCCACAGUGGCGAGUCUGGUAUUUAAAUGAAACAAUGUUCACCAAGCCUACCACAGCCUUUGUAGGAAUAUGGAGAGUCUGCAUUUACCACGAAAACAGCAAACCUGGCAGUGUCAGAGUGUGCCAUGAAUACACCUACCAUGACAGCUUUAUCCCUUUGGAUGUUCGUAUCAUUCAACACUUAUUACUGAUCUCCAACAUGCUCGGGUUGAUUGGAACAGUCACCACCAUUUUUGCUCUUCGAAAUGUGUAUACAGAGAAAGUACAGAAGAAUGACACUUACAAUCCAUUCAUCAUUUCAGCAAUUCUCAACAUCAUUGCCAGUAUCUCUAUCCUCCUUGCUGUCUUAUUCAAUUACUUCUCUGUCAUUCACAAAGCAGGAAUUGCCUUCCCACCAUCUUUCCAUAUGCCGUUAUACCCAUCUGAUCAGAGAAUUGGAAUUGCUAAUGUAGUGGCAAGUCUAUGUGCUCUCAUGUUUUUAGGCAGUGGCAUUAUUUUAAUUUCUUACACUUCUCCCACGGAAAAGCAAGUGUUUCCUGAGAUUUGAAAAUACAUUUACAGCUAACAUCACUGUGAAACCCCCAGGAGUUAUAGCAUGUAUUUUGAAGACGUUUACAUAAAUUUUCCAAGGACUCAAAACCACAUUCCAAGAACCUAUGACCAAAGAUGGCCAAGAUGGCCUUCUCUUUUCUGUCUACUUUGUUUCAUUAUCUUAUUUGUUGGCUUCUAAACUUUUACUAAAUAAAAUCUUAUUCAUGCA